AUGUCGAAAGAGCGAGGAAGACCAGAUCGGGAAGGUGUUAAUUGGAACAUGUCGUCUGCGAUCGAUCUCAGCCGGCAGAGUACGCUGGUGGACUCAGAGGGUGGCUUCGAUGCCGAAAAGAUCGCAUCAGACUCGCUUCCGUCGCGUUUGGGAAGAGCGUGGAAUACAUUCACGUCUUUGUGCACAGAUUGGUGGCUCACAGAGAUCUUCUGCUGGUGCUUCGCUGCGUUGUGCAUCUUGCUGAUAGCCGUCUUGCUUUGCGUCUGGGACGGAAGACCGCUGCCCAACAACUUUCCGCUCGGUCUCAAGCUGAACACGUACGUGUCGGUCCUGUCAGCGACAGCCAAGCUGGCGCUGGCCGUUCCUCUGGAGGAGUCGCUGGCUUCUCAGAAGUACCUCUACUUCGCGACAGGAACGCCGAAACGGCCGCUUCUCGACUUUGAGCGGUUCGAGCUCGCUGCUCGACGCCCGAUAGGCUCGGUCAAGCUCAUAUGGCGAAUGAAGGCGAGAUCAUUUGCCACGCUCGGGGCCAUAAUCUUCCUGCUGUCCUUCGGUCUGGACCCUUUCUUCCAGCAGCUGGUUUCGUAUCCGAGCAGACCUAGCACGGAGAACAGGAGCAGAGUCCCACGCGUCGUGACGUUCGACAACACCAAUAAAUGGGUUAAUCUCAACGGAACCGAUCAAGUUACGGACGAGAAGGACUGGAGAAGUGUGAUCCCAACUUUCUACAGAUUCAAUUCAAGCAGCGUUCCCUUGGACACCUUUUGCCCCGGAGAUUCGUGUACAUGGCCAGACUUUGAGACUCUGGCCGUCUGCUCCGACUGCCGUGAUAUCUCUUCAUACCUCACGUUCGCCUGCUCAGCUGAAGACGGCAGCUGGCGACAAAUUCGGACGAUCAAUGAGACGGCCACAAACUCCACGAGGGGUUUCUCCUGCGGUUGGUUUUUCAAUGCAUCAUCCAGCGAGCCCAUGCUCAUGAACGGGUAUUCCCUUAUGCCUGAGGGAGGCGUCCUCCUCUCCAGACAGCUCAAUUUUCACGACCCCGGAGUGGACCAACGUUACUGGGGAGGUGAGCUUGCCGCGCCAGAUAUUCCAACACCAAUUGCGGGUUUCGCGGCAGUUUCCGGACAAGACAUCCAAUCGGUAUACCGCAACGAAACACCAGAUGCUUUUAGCUGCAGCUUGAGGUGGUGCGUCAAGCGUAUGAGAGCAUCAUUUUCUGAGGGCGUUUAUACAGAAAAGGAAAUGGCGGUAUUUGUAAACAAUACUAUCGUUCCUGAACAGCUAAGCUACUCACCAGACACGGAAGACUGGCAGUAUCAUCAAAAUAUAACUCUCGAACCUCCGUAUUCAGACAACAAAUUCUUGGUUACUAACAGCACCAUGCUUGGCGCCAGAUUUGCUCUGGACAGGUACAUACCAAACUCAAUUAUCCAGCAAGAUGAGACCACGGAGCCUCAAAUCCACUGGCCGACGCUUAAUGGUGAACCAGAUACAAUUGUUCAAUCGCCCUUCAAUAAUCUUUGGUUGAAAAGAGGAAUGGUGCCUAAACUUGUUGACAACCUGGCACUGCAACUUACGAACGCGCUUCGAAAUGACCCUACCCACGCUAUCACGGUUUACGGCUCAGGAAUAUACGUGACUUACAUCGACGUAGGCUGGGGCUAUUUCGUCUUCCCUCUAGCAGUGCUUGUCAUGACUUUGGUCAUGUUGGUUGCUACAAUUGUGCAAACAACUAAGAAAAAGGUCUGGAAGGCCUCCGAUUUGACCACACUUGUGCAUAGUCUGAGCGCAGAGGCCAGGGAUCAAUUCAGAGGUGCAGGCUCAUUACAAGAAGUACGAGCUGUAGCCAGAGAGAUGCGUGUAUGUUUAACUUCCUUCGAGAAUGGGCGCCAUUUGCAGAUAGAGCAUAUUACUUCAAACAAACCGUAG